CCGGCUCCCCCGGCUCCUGCUCCUCCACCGGCUCCUAUUCCCCCGCCGGCUCCCCCGUCUCCUGCUCCUCCGCCGGCUCCUGCUCCCCCGCCGGCCGCUCCUGACCCUCCGCCGGCUCCCCCGUCUCCUAUUCCUCCGCCGGCUCCCCCGGCUCCUACUCCUCCGCCGGCUCUUCCGCCGGCUCCGGACCCUCCGCCGGCUCCCCCGGCUCCUGCUCCUCCACCAGCUCCUAUUCCCCUGCCGGCUCCCCCGUCUCCUGCUCCUCCGCCGGCUCCUGCUCCCCCGCCGGCCGUCAACCCUCCGCCGGCUCCCCCGGCUCCUGCUCCUCCGCCGGCUGCCGACCUGCUGCCGGCUCCUAUUCCUCCGCCGGCUCCCCUGUCUCCUAUGCCUCCGCCGGCUCCCCCGGCUCCUACUCCUCCGCCGGCUCUCCCGCCGGCUCCGGACCCUCCGCCGGCUCCCCCGGCUCCUGCUCCUCCGCCGGCUGCCGACCUGCCGCCGGCUCCUAUUCCUCCGCCGGCUCCCCCGUCUCCUAUUCCUCUGCCGGCUCCUAUUCCUCCGCCGGCUCCCCCGGCUCCUACUCCUCCGCCGGCUCUUCCGCCGGCUCCGGACCCUCCGCCGGCUCCCCCGGCUCCUGCUCCUCCACCGGCUCCUAUUCCCCCGCCGGCUCCCCCGUCUCCUGCUCCUCCGCCGGCUCCUACUCCUCCGCCGGCUCUUCCGCCGGCUCCUGACCCUCCGCCGGUUUCCCCAUCUCCUGCUCCUCCGCCGGCUCUUCCGCCGGCUCUGGACCCUCCGCCGCCUCCCCCGGCUCCUGCUCCUCCGCCGGCUCCUAUUCCCCCGCCGGCUCCCCCGUCUCCUACUCCUCCGCCGGCUCUCCCGCCGGCUCCGGACCCUCCGCCGCCUCCCCCGGCUCCUGCUCCUCCGCCGGCUCCUAUUCCCCCGCCGGCUCCCCCGUCUCCUGCUCCUCCGCCGGCUCUUCCGCCGGCUCCUGACCCUCCGCCGGUUUCCCCG